ACUGCUUAAAGAUACAGUUAAUCAACAAAUAUCAUUGACGGUUUUUAUUACGCAUGAAGUUUAUUUCGUUGUUAAAGAGCAACGACUUGUUUUAAUAUUGUACCUAUUACAUUCUAAGGACAAUGUCUUAUCAAUUGUACCGAAAUACAACGUUAGGUAAUACGUUACAAGAGAGUCUUGAUGAAUUAAUUCAGUAUGGACAAAUCACACCACAAUUAGCGCUUAAGGUAUUAUUGCAAUUUGACAAGGCAAUUAAUCAAGCACUUGCAACUAGAGUAAAAUCAAGACUUACAUUUAAGGCUGGUAAAUUAAAUACAUACAGAUUUUGUGAUAAUGUAUGGACAUUUAUGUUGAAUGAUGUUGAAUUUCGUGAAGUUCAAGAAGUUGCAAUUGUAGAUAAAGUAAAAAUUGUUGCCUGUGAUGGAAAAACAUUGGAUGCAGAUACAACAACAAAGCGAUAACAUCACUUUCUUAUACAAGUGAAUAUACAGCUAUUAUUAUAUCACAAGUGGAAAAAAAAGUACUAGCCAUACAAAAUUUAAUAAGAGAUAGUAAUUUAAGUAAAAUACAUGUACAUGUUUAAUAUAGGUAUACAGUUCUGAUUCAUUUUCCAACAUCAAUUGAAUUUUAUUAUACAUAUAACAACUGUAAUCAUGACACUAUAUUGAAAGUAGAAACAUACAAAUUAAUUGCUUUUUUAUCAUAUCAUAAUUUAGCACUAGCUUUAUUUUUAUAAUAUAUUUGAAAAUGAAUAGAUUUUACACGUUAUACCAUAUCUACUAUAACUUACUCUUAACAAGUAUGAAAAUAUAUAAUUAUAAUCGUUCUAUGUGGUCCAAUAUGUUCCAAAGAUGUAAAUAAUUCUUCGAACGAGACUGUAAGAUUUAUUAGGACUUAUUAAGCUGUUUAUGUAAGUGAUAUAAGGUGGCAUUAAGAUUAUAUAACAAAAUAA